AUGACCCCAGCAACGCCCUCAAGGUCGAGUUUCGGAUCCCCCACAACGUACUCGCACAUUCCGCUUCGCUCGUCACCGCUCGCAAGCCCAGGCUCGUCUCCGGCCGCCAGCGCCAGCGCCCGCCGCCGCUCGCAGUACAAGUCAACCCCAUUCAGCUCGUCGGCGCCCCAGCGUGUGCGGGAGUCCGAGGCACAGCGGAGACGUUCGAGCGGCCACGGGCACGGCGAGGGCUCGAGCAGCGGAGCGGUGCCCACGGAGGAGGCGCCACGGAAGGCGUUUCUCAAGGAACGUCUGACGGCGCGGGUCAUCGAGCGCGCCGCGAAGAAGCGCGAGCGGGCAGUCCAGCGGGGGUCGCGGCACCUCAGCAGCGACGCGCGCAGCGAUGGCGCGGACGAGAUGAUGGACGAGGAUGAUGAGGACGAGGACACGAUGCUCAAUGACGAGCUGUUCCGCCGCAUUGUCGAGAGUGCGAAGAGGAAGCAGCGGCACGCGUACCGCCUGUCGUAUGCGGAUGACGUUGGCUCCUCCUUUGACCCGGAUAUGGAGGACCCGCAUAGCUGGGAGGAAGAUAUGGAAGAGUCGCAAGGAUCAAAGACAACAUACGUCUCCCCCGACGACCUUCUCGACGAGGAGCUCGAGGCGUACGCCGCAGAAAUCGACCUCAACCUCGACGACCUGCCCAUCGACGAGAUCUUCGGGCACAGCGAUUACGAGGACGACACACUGCCCGCGGACCAAGACGUUGACAUGCACUAGCUGGAACCUCACUUUUGCUCGACGUGACGUGUACUACUACCAUAUGGUUCAGGGGUGGCAGAUGUAUAUGCGCACUGGCCGCUCAUGUACCUCUAGACAGCCCCUGAAGCUCAUUCGGCUUACCGCAGUGUUACGAUCUCCCGUUGCAUCUGCCCUCUGCUCCGAGCGACACCUCAUCACACUACAUUAUAUUGUACAAUACGUAUAGCAGCUGUACAUAGACAGCAUCUGAAUGCAGUACCAUGCAUCCG